AUGCUCAACAACGUAUCAAGUCCCAUUCUCGUUAGGCCAGCGUUAGGCGUAGCCACGAGUGUCCGGAUCGGUCAACUCCUCGGACUUGCACGACCACGACUCGCAAAACUCGCUGCCAUUCUCCUAGGGUUUGCACUUUCUCUAAUAUUCAGCGUCGCUUUCUGGAUCUGGCGUAAAGAAUGGUCGUAUCUAUUCAACGAUGAUGAAGAUGUCGCUGAAAUGGUGGCGAUUGUUCCAAGUGUUCGAUGGAAAUGCAGGAAUCACUGGUGGAGUUUUGAGGGCCAGGGGCAAACAAGGAGUUUUGCAAUCGUCACUGAUGGACCCACAGUGUCUACUAUGUGCUCCCUCAGUGUUUAUCGGGCAUUUAAAGAUAUCGGUCUGCCCGAAUCCCUCCCUGACCACUCAGUUGUCACUCAGCAUAGCACCCCAGUCGGCAUACCCUCCCACACCCUUACCAUCACUUCAUUUCCAAAUCCUUGUUAG